AUGGUGAAAGGUGAAGGAAGCAAUGCAGCUCAAAGGAAGCAAGAGAAACAAAGGAGGAUAGAGGAUUUAGAGGGAAUGAUACAAAGGGUGGUGGAUUCUGAUGUAGAAGGUUAUGAUCAAUCACUGUUGGAGACAGAGAGUGAACAUGAAGAAGAGGAAGAGAGAGAAUCUCGAGAAGAGGAAAGCGCUCAAGAGGAGGAAGAGGCUGAGAGUGAAGAGAGUGAAGAAGAAGAGGAAGUUGAGUUUGUUGAAAGUGAGCAAGAGGAAGUGGUUGAGGAAGCUGAUGGAGAUGUGCCAAUGGAGGAGACUGUGCCACAAGCUGUGGAAGAAGAUGACCUCUCCAUGUUCCAAGAGCACUAUGAUGCCUUUUUUCCAUGGAGUUUGUGGAAACAAAGUACCCACAUGAUGAAACCAUGA